AUGGUUGCUAUGAUUGGUUGAGGUAAGCAACGACUGCCACGAUUGGUUAUAGAUCUUGUUGUUAAAUUAAUUUGCACCGGAUGUAAAACUGAAGCAGCUUUGUUGCGAAAGAUCCACUCAGUGAUAACUGUGGCCCACCUCAUCAGUAAGAAUGUCCGACAGUGAUAGCCCAGCACCAGAGCCUGCUGGACUGGAUGGUCUGCCUCCAUUGUACAGCAUUGCUAAGGGAGAGGUGGUCUCUGUGCAGACUUAUGGAGCCUUUGUCAGACUGCCGGGAUACAAGAAGGAAGGCCUGGUACAUGUGAGUGAGAUGUCAGCUUCACGGGUUGAGAAUGCCUCGGAGAUUGUCGAUGUCGGGGAACAGGUUUGGAUUAAAGUUAUAGGCAGAGAGAUUCGGGGUGACAAGGUGAAGUUGUCCUUCUCAAUGAAAGCCGUCAAUCAGGGAACAGGGCGGGACUUGGACCCAAACAAUGUUUUGGCGGAGCAAGAUGCAAGACGACGUAAGCAGUUUAGAGAUUACACAGGCAACAGGAUCACACUGGAGGCUGUACUCAACACAACGUGCUCAAAGUGUGGCUGCAAAGGUCACUUCACAAAGGACUGCUUCUCCGCUCCGGGCCUGCAAUACACACUUUUGCCUGAAGAGGACGAUGAAGAGCCACAGCAGCAGCAAAGGCAGCAGACCUCCACAGUUGCAUCACAGCAAGACUCAGACAAAAAGAGGAAGAAAAAGAAGGAGAAGAAAAUGAAGAAGAAAAAGAGGAAGCAGGAGAAGAGGGAGUCGGAGAGCGACAGCAGCAGUGAAUGCAAAUCCAAGAGGAGGCGGCGUGACCACUCUGACACUGACAGAGAUGAGAAAAAGAAGAAAAAACACAAGAAACACAAAUCACACAAACACAGUUGAGAAGGCCACACAACUCAAACACACGUCUGCAGUCACACACUUAAGCUAUCAGACAGAUGCAAAAGGGGAAGUGUGUAGCAACAGACUCAGUGACACACUUUCCAACUGUGUAACGUUUAGUAAGAAACUCUUGUCAUAGAAGCUAUUAUGCAUUUAAGUUAAGGAAAGUUUUACUAUCUGUCUAUGUCUAUAAAUCAAGUUUAAAAAAUCAUAAUGGAUCAAGCGGGAAAGUGCUGCAACUACUUGUCCUAAAGUAACCCCUGCUCAGAGGGAGGAGAUUACACAUGUAACCUGAUAGGUGUAAGCUAUAUGGUAGCGAGUUGCUGUCCCUCUUGAAACUGAUAUUAGUUUACAGCUAUCUGCUCUCUUAUGCUCUGGGAAAUCCAUUAAGCAGACAUGAAGACAGUAGAGCUGACUCUUCAGGCGGUUGACAUGCAAAUCCUUCAAAUAAUCCACUCAGAGGAGAGCUACACACAUAUAGGAAGUAGUAAAACACAAACAGGAUGUGUAAUGCAGCACAAGUAAGUAAGCGUGACAGGAACCUUGAGCUAUGGUGAUAUCCUGAGGUUGUCCGUUGCUUAUUGUGUGUUUUUUUUUUGUGUACGUGUGUGUGUGUGUGUGUUUGUGUAUCUUGCCUCCAGGGGGCUGUUCACAGUACACACAAACCUCUUCCUGCAUGUCAGCUGUUAGCUCCAUUAAAGAUGUUUUUAUUUGUAA